AAUCUUAAAAAAAUCCCCAACUUCACACAACAAAAACCUCAACAUGUCUUCCUACAACGGCAGCGGCGGCGGUGGCGGCGGCUAUCAGCGUGAUUCUUACCGCUCCCGCGGCGGUGGUGGUGGCUACGGUAACGGCGGCGGCUACAGUGGUGGUGGUGGCGGCUACGGAGGUGGUGGUGGUGGUGGCGGCUAUGGCGGCGGUGGCUAUGGCGGUGGUGGUUACGGUGGUGGCCGUGGAGGCGCUGCUGGUGGUGACAGAAUGUCCAACCUCGGCGCCGGCUUGAAGAAGCAAGAAUGGGACAUGGAUUCUCUUCCCAAGUUCGAGAAGUCCUUCUACAAGGAGCACCCCGAUGUUGCUGCUCGCUCCCAGCGCGAAGUCGACGAGUUCCGCAAGAGCAAGGAGAUGGCUGUCCAGGGCAAGAACGUCCCUCGCCCCGUCGAGACCUUCGACGAGGCUGGUUUCCCUCAGUACGUCCUAAGCGAGGUCAAGGCCCAGGGCUUCGACCGCCCCACCGCCAUUCAGUCUCAGGGUUGGCCUAUGGCCCUCUCUGGUCGUGAUGUCGUCGGUAUUGCUGAGACUGGUUCCGGAAAGACCUUGACUUACUGUCUGCCCGCUAUCGUCCACAUCAACGCCCAGCCUCUGCUCGCCCCUGGCGAUGGACCCAUUGUCCUCAUCCUUGCUCCCACCCGUGAGUUGGCGGUUCAGAUUCAGGCCGAAAUCUCCAAGUUCGGCAAGUCCUCCCGUAUUCGCAACACCUGUGUCUACGGUGGUGUGCCCAAGGGCCCUCAGAUUCGCGACCUUAGCCGCGGUGUCGAGGUCUGCAUUGCCACUCCCGGUCGUCUGAUUGACAUGCUCGAGGCUGGCCGCACCAACCUUCGUCGUGUCACUUAUCUCGUUCUGGACGAGGCGGAUCGCAUGCUGGACAUGGGUUUCGAGCCCCAGAUCCGCAAGAUUAUCUCCCAGAUCCGCCCCGACCGUCAGACUUGCAUGUGGUCCGCCACUUGGCCCAAGGAGGUCCGUCAGCUUGCGUCUGACUUCCUCAACGACUACAUCCAGGUCAACAUCGGUUCCAUGGAUCUCUCUGCCAACCACCGCAUCACUCAGAUCGUCGAGGUUGUCUCUGAGUUCGAGAAGCGUGACCGCAUGAUCAAGCACCUCGAGAAGAUCAUGGAGAACCGCGGCAACAAGUGUUUGAUCUUCACUGGUACCAAGCGUAUCGCUGACGAGAUCACCCGCUUCCUCCGCCAGGACGGAUGGCCCGCCCUUUCCAUCCACGGUGACAAGCAACAGCAAGAAAGAGAUUGGGUUUUGAACGAAUUCAAGACGGGCAAGAGCCCAAUCAUGGUGGCUACCGACGUGGCUUCCCGUGGUAUUGAUGUUCGCGACAUUACCCAUGUGCUGAACUAUGACUACCCCAACAACUCCGAGGACUACGUUCACCGCAUUGGUCGUACUGGUCGUGCCGGAAACAAGGGAACCGCUGUCACUUUCUUUACCACUGAAAACUCUAAGCAGGCUCGUGACUUGGUCACCAUCCUUACUGAGGCUAAGCAGCAGAUCGAUCCCCGUCUUGCUGAGAUGGUUCGCUACAGCGGCGGCGGCGGUCACCACGGUGGCCACGGUCGCUGGGGUGGCCGUGGCCGUGGCCGUGGUGGUGGUAACAACUACACCGCGUCCAACGCCGCUCCCAUCGGCGGCAACCGUCGUUGCCCCUUGAUCGUCUCUCUAAUACCGUAG